AUGUUUACAACUCCCUACUUCGACGAAAUGGAAGAGUUGUACGCUGCGCCUAAGCCUAUUACACCAUCACUCUCUAAUAGCCGCCCAAGUAACUCAGAUAAUAUGCGCUAUUCAACCCAGCCAACUGGCCGUUUACCUCUUCAUGAUUUCAGAAGAGAUUCGCUUGAAUUAUAUGGUCUAAAGCCCAAACACUAUCAAAUGGCUGAUGAUCAGAGCGAACAAGGUGCGUUAAGUAAUGAUAGUAGUGAACCCGGAAGCAUAUCUUUUCAACCGAAAUGGAAAGACUGGAUAAUGGAGAAGCGUAAGGGUAUGGAGGCCUAUGAGCGUCAGCUAGAUAUUUUGAAGAAUACUCCUGAUGAGAACGAGGACGACGACUUUUCUAAUGCAUUUGAAAUGAGAUCUAAGGCGUUCAAUCCACAAGAGCACGGAAACUAUACUCCAUUUCGUGAUCAAAAAGAAAUAGGCGACAGAGAUCGAUUUGAAGCGCUUAGUAGUGGCUGUGGAAAAGUACUUCGUGUGUUGGAGGAUAACGUUCGUUUAUUUUAUGACGGUGAGAAACCGGAAUCUGAACACGGGGAAUCGUUCCCUGGCACUUUCCCUAGGAACUCAGUCUACUUGCCGAUGGGAGAGACGGAAGAAUCGCCUGCUGGUAAGGUUAACGUUUCUCCGUCGGUCAAGGAAGUGCAGUCAGUUGGACCGAUUGAUUACCUACACCAGAGUGUAUUGCUGCCACUUGUGGUAAAGCUCGUAGUGUUCGUAAGCCUCCAUCUGGUUGCAAUACCUUACUCUAAUUACAAUUUUUCCAAGGUCAAUGCCGCUUCUGUUCAGAUAUUACAGGGUUUGGACCAAACUAUUACCGGUCUCGGAGGCUUAUUUGCUGCUCAACAGUCCCUUGGGUACAUAGUUGAUUUCCCAUUAACCUGUCACUCACACUACCACCUUCUCAGAUACGGAAUAGAGAUAGUGCGUGACAACAGUCCCGAAAAGGUUUGGCUAGAAUACCAAGAUCUGCUCAGCAGUCUCCACCAGCGUUGCUUGGCCGAAUUCAAUGUGAAACUGCGCAGGAAACUGCUCUUUACAACCUUUAUCCUAGGCAUUUUCGUUACCCUUUCCGUUCUCUUCACCAACUGGAUAAGCGACGUCACCGAAACCAACGGCAUCGACGGCCAGUGUAUUAACAUCGUCUUUUUUGGAAAAGCGCAGAUCGCAGGACUUGUUUUCUCCCUUCUAGGCCAAGCAUGCUGCAACUUUAUGUCUUAUUUCAAAGAAUUUAUCGGUGAGUAUGCAAAAGAUACCACAGACUUGCUAAUAAACAAGCUAGAGCAGUGCAAACAACAGCAAAUUAUACAGGCCCAAGCCCAGCAGCACCAGCAACAACCCCAAAAGUCAUACCAGCAUCAGCAGUUCCAGCCACAGCACCAGCAACGCAAUGUUGCAGAUACCUCGGAAACAUCAGAAUAUAAAAAGGACGUUUUACUGAUUUCUACACCAGAAAGAUCUUGCUCAUCAGUAGUCUACCACCCACAUGCAUAUGUCAGUCCACUCAAUCGUCGAUCAAACGUGAAUUCAGGAUCGUUACACCUGGUGGACCCUUCAUCGCCAGCAAACCUGACACCGCUGUCAACGGCGACGGUGACUAACGAUCUCGAUGAAACCAUGGAAUCAUUAUCUUAUGCACCGACGACAAGAAAAGCCACGGCUCGGCAGCCUCCAGCUGUAAUUGUUGUUGAACAAGAGCAUAGCUAUACAGGCCAAUUCUUACGAUUUAUUGUCAAAUUGCCUUUACGGGUGGUAUUACUGUCAUGUCGCGCGACACUCUAUCUGCUGCCCUGGCAUUUUGGUAUUCACAUGACUACAGAGUAG